AUCGACUCGAAAUUUCAUCUUACUGUUUUGAUUGGUGUAGCUUACAUGGUAGGAGCAUGGUUUAAUGUCCAGAGCCUGACUUCUAAUUCCAAAGUCUGUGAUAUCCACUGCUGCCUUUCCCAGGCUGAUCGCCUUAGGCCUGACUUGUCUUUUAAUCAUGGCUUUGUGUGGACACUAGUUAACUAUGGCCUUCAGAUUCCACAGAUGUGCUCGAUGAUGAGGAAUUGAACCUCACCACUGGUCAUCGUCGGAGUGGUGGUCUGGUCACUGGGACCUAUGUCCCUGACUGGGGUAAAACCCAGCAUGCUGGCAGUAGAUGUCCUGACAGAGCAGUUGCGUGACCAGACUAUCGAUGAACAGGCCAAGAAAACGUCACAAAUAAAGCUGAUCCAGGCUUCUGAUGGGUACAAACUCAGUAAAAAUGCAGAGGCGACAAUUGCAGGCUCAGGUAAAAAGGUUUGGACAGUGCAAUUAAAUUCUGCAGCGGGGAAAGAUCUUUUAUCAGAAUCACUAAGACAGGGGUUGAAUACAGCCCCUCCGAUAGCCAAUCUUGCCUCUGACCAGUCAGGAGACCUUGGGCCACCCCAAAAUGCCCCAGCACCACCUAAAAAGAGACAUUGUAGGUCUCUCACAGUCCCAGUUCCACCAGAACGACCAACACCAUCAUCAUCUUGGCAGCCACAGGAGUCGCGGCUAUGGAAACCUGUGGCUGUGAUAUCUAGUGAGAGAACACAGUCUGAGGCCACAGUGAUGCCCGUCAAUUUUUGUGGUAGUGACGCAACUUUAGGGCAUAGAACUUGUGAGAGUGUUGGCGGGAUCCCCACAGGGAUGUGUAAUUGUGAACAAAGUUUUGCUGUUCCAAGUGACAUAUUCACCCCACCAGAAUCACCAGUGCCCCGUCCAUCUUCUACAUCAACAUGUUCUGGUCGCCAUGAUGGUACAUUUAGUCCACUUGGUGCACCAUGGCUUGAACACUGUCAACGCCGGUAUGAUGCUUUCCAAAGCCGGAGUCUUUCAUUUGAGGAUCAAAUCUCAUGUAGUUCGAGUUCUGGGUCCACGCCUAGUGUUCCUGGGUGUGUUCAUUCCCAACAAUCUCUGUCUCAACCUUACCACCCUCACCAUCACCACCAUCACCAUCACCACCACCGUAUCCCAAGAUGCCGUUCACAACCGUCUAUGACUCAUGACAGAAAAUAUGGACUUAAACGUCGUAGAGACUAUGAUCGUCCUACUUUAAAUUUUCGCAAAAUGACAGAGACGGCAUAUCAACAAAUACCCAGGUCUGAAUCACUGUCAUCCCGCCAGGGUUUGAAGGAGAAGCGUGUUUCAAAGUUUCAUGAGGAGCUUGAGUCUGUCAUGAGUCUGAUGCCAAUAGCAAGCUCUCCAAUGGAUACUGAUCUACCAAUCAAGCGGAUGAUGGUAGCACGGAAUAGCCCAAUCAGCGAAAUGGACAGUGGUCGCAGUGACAGUGCUGAGUUCCUAGACAGUGAGGCCAGUGACAGUCUAGGGGAGGGGCCAGUCAAGCUUCUAGGGGAAGGAUGUGAGGAAUGUGAGGCUGGGGAUGAUGAGGUGGAAGAGAUAUUCACACUACCAGAGGACCUUGAUCUGGAGCAGAUAGAGAACCACUGAUAUUAUACUUCCUCAGCACAUGACGAUGAUUGUGUACUUCUUAAUAAAUGCAUGUAUACACUGAUAUCAUAUUUGUAUGAACUUAGAGUUGCUUCUUGUCAUAGAGAUCCUGUCAUUGUAUAUGUCAUCAGCAGUAUAGUGGUAAUCCCCAAUUAUGAUAUUCAUGACACAGUGUUUGUUACAACCAAAUCCAUGGUGUAUUUAAAGUCUGAUAACAAUUUUCUGAAGAUGUAACAACAACAUACAGUUACUGAAUCUAUUAAUUGAUCCAUAGUGAAUGAAAAAUGAACAUGCAUAUCAUCACAAGUAUGCAAAUUUCCUCACAGUGUAUAAGAGAUGACUAUUUCAUUAAUGUGUAUAAGAUGUGAGCAUUUACUCACAGUUGAUAUGAUGUGAGAAUUUCCUCAUUGUUUAUAAGAUGUGAGAAUUGUCUCACAGUUGAUAUGAUGUGAGGAUUUCCUCAUGGUGUAUAAGAUGUGAGAAUUCUCUCACAGUUGAUAUGAUGUUAGGAUUUCCUCAUGGUGUAUAAGAUGUGAGAAUUCUCUCACAGUUGAUAUGAUGUGAGGAUUUCCUCAUGGUGUAUAAGAUGUGAGAAUUCUCUCACAGUUGAUAUGAUGUGAGGAUUUCCUCAUGGUGUAUAAGAUGUGAGAAUUCUCUCACAGUUGAAUAUGAUGUGAGGAUUUCCUCAUUGUUUAUAAGAUGUGAGAAUUCUCUCACAGUUGAUAUGAUGUGAGGAUUUCCUCAUGGUGUAUAAGAUGUGAGAAUUCUCUCACAGUUGAAUAUGAUGUGAGAAUUUCCUCAUUGUUUAUAAGAUGUGAGAAUUCUCUCACUGUUGAUAUGAUGUGAGGAUUUCCUCAUGGUGUAUCAGAUGUGAGAAUUCUCUCACAGUUUAUAUGAUGUUAGGAUUUCCUCAUGGUGUAUAAGAUGUGAGAAUUCUCUCACAGUUGAUAUGAUGUGAGGAUUUCCUCAUGGUGUAUAAGAUGUGAGAAUUCUCUCACAGUUGAUAUGAUGUGAGGAUUUCCUCAUGGUGUAUAAGAUGUGAGAAUUCUCUCACAGUUGAUAUGAUGUGAGGAUUUCCUCAUGGUGUAUAAGAUGUGAGAAUUCUCUCACAGUUGAUAUGAUGUGAGGAUUUCCUCAUGGUGUAUAAGAUGUGAGAAUUCUCUCACAGUUGAUAUGAUGUGAGAAGUUCCUCACAAUGAUAAAGAGGUGAGCAUUUCCUUUCCGUUUUUUCCUCACUGUUUAUAAGAGGUGAGGAUUUCCUGGCAUUGUAUAGGAGGUGAGGAUUUCCUCAAAGUGUGUAAAAUUCAAACAUUUCACUGCAGUGUAAAAGAGUUGAGCAAAUUCCUACUCUGUGAGGAUAUAAUUUUGUAUAUGUGGAAAUAUAUGGUCUCAUAUGUGUUAUUUAAUUCCUAAACUCCCAACAUUUUCAACAGGGUCCAAUAUAUUUAUAUAUCUUAUUAUUAUAUAUAUUAUUUAUUCCAAUGAAUUAACAUUAUUUGUAUCCAAAUUUGAUUGAAAAGCACAUGUGAUAUAAAAGGAGAUCGGAACAACACAAUAAAUUACUAACAACACCUAUAUAGUGAUUUUAGUUUCUUUAACAAUCAAAUAUGCAUUUGUGAUGAUUUUUUUUUAUUUUUGGUAAAAUUUCUUCAGUUUCUGGAGAAGCAUGUAGUUACAUCAUUGUUGAAUAUGAGAUUAUCAAGCAAAGAAUUGCAUGGACAAAUUAACUGACAUGGUACAAGGGAGAUAACUAUAAUAUAAGAUUUUUACUAAAACUGUUAAUAUAAUUUUAGCAAUGUGUCACAUGUGUACCUUGUGUCAGUACUAUUUAUUGAAAUAUAGUUUACAUUAUGAUAACACAAUUUUUGGUGAGAUUGUAUGAAUAUAUUUCAAAUUUUGUGUCGAACUAGUCUUAACUGACAGAACAACCCUUUUGCUGUUGUUUUGCUUCCAUCCAUUUGUAAUGUAACUUAUACCAAGUGUGAUUUAGGUGUAUAUAAAGUGUGUGUAGGUGAGAGUAGCUGCCUCUCAGUCAUGGAUACAGGUACAUAUUACCUGACCAAUCUGAAUUACUGUAGAGGUUGCUUUUUCAAUGGUUCAAAUUUUUUUUGGCAUUUUUGCUAAGAGCCAGAAUUAUGUGUGGAAGUAAUGAAACAGAUUAUGUAUUUCUCUAUAAAUUUCAUUUUUUAAAGUAUUUGGUAACUGUUUUUCGUGAAUUUAUCCCAUCUUGGAAAAUAACAAAAUCAGGGCCUUUUGACAAUAAUCUUUAUGGUAUAUUCUAUACAUCAGAAUUAGAAAUCUGGAUAAUUAGGUUUGUAACAUGGCGAGGCUGUUCUCAGUACAGUCGGAACCAUCAGUAGACUAUACAGUAAAUUGUGUAAGCUUGACAGCUGUUAUUGUGAACCAUUUCUACUAUUUUUACAAGAGUAUGUUAAAAAACUAAGAUAUUAUGUAAUUCUGUUAUAUAGAUCAAAUGAGCUGAGAAAAAUUAGACCAGAGUACGAGAGGGUUUCUGGUUUUGUGGUGUUUUCCUAAAGCCUUAUGGUUCUAUUUACUGUUCAUACUUUAUCCUGUGAUUCCUCAGUAAGACUUCUCGAAGAACGAGCACUGUUGUAUAGUAUAUUUAUGUUAAAAUUGUAAGAACAUACCAAGGUUUAUUAUUGGCCUGCACAUAAAACACGGUCUUCAAGUCACCCUAAAAUGUAAGAAAUUUAGAUUUCAAAUUCAACAUCAAGCUUAAGGCCAGCCUAUCAGUUUCGUCAUUUUGGUAAAAUAGUGAAAUGAGUGAAACAGUGGCAGGUUUCCUUGCAUUCAGAACCAACUGUAUCGUAGGUCUGUUGAUUUAAGAUGGUAUAUAUCUAAAUGUCUUUAUCGUUUUGAUAUGAAGAUCACUUGUGUAUUCAUGAGAUCAACUCUGUUUCCUUUAUUUUCUUGAACUUUGAUGGCACCUGUUCACCCUAAUUGAAGAGAAUACAUGCAAAUCUUUAUUUUCUUGCAUUGAGGCAGUACAGAUGAGCUUUCAUUCUCUUGAAUGAGGACAGCAACAGCUCCUAUGUAUCUUUAUUCUCUUGAAUAAGCCACAUGAGUUCUGAUAGUAAAGGUGGUACAUAUGUAAUAUUAUUAUUUAGAAUUAAGACAAAUUAAUCAAAACAGUACCUGUGUAUCAUUACUCUCUUGAAUCAAAACACAUGGGUGUCUUUAUUCUCUGGAAUUAGAUAUCACAUGUAUGUCUUGAUUUUCUUGAAUAAGACACAUGAAUUAAGAUGGUACCUAUGUAGUUUUAAAAAAUUCAUUGAAUUAAGACAGAUGAAUCAAGACAUCAUUAGUUUAUAUUUUUACUCUCUUAAAUUAAGAUUGUACCUGAUUGUAUAUAUUGUGAUGUUCUGUACAUUACUUGCUCGUGUACAGAUGGAGUAUGUGUUGUAAAGAAAGUCUGUGUAGCUUCUGCUUCAUAGGUUAGAGUGACUGAUAGUAAGAAUGGUAGUGAAUCAUAUUAUGAAAGGUACAUUCCUGUAUAGGCACACUUAUAAUAAAUGGCAUGAAAUGAUGAAGAUAUGUCUCCCUACAUUUAUAUGUUACACUUUCUGCAUAACUGUCUCGCAUGGCAGGAAGAAGACAGAUAGCACACUCCCUUCCUGGUUAAAUGUCUAGCAUGGCAGGAAGAAGACAGCUAGCACACAUCCUUCCUGGAUCACUGUCUAGCAUGACAGGAAGUAGACAGAUAGCACAUUCCUUUCUGGAUCACUGUCUAGCAUGACAGGAAGUAGACAGAUAGAACAAUUCCUUUCUGGAUCAUUCUCUAGCAUGACAGGAAGUAGACAGAUAGCACACUUCCUUCCUGGAUCAUUCUCUAGCAUGACAGGAAGUAGACAGAUAGCACACUUCCUUCCUGGAUCAUUCUCUAGCAUGACAGGAAGUAAACAGAUAGCACACUUCCUUCCUGGAUCAUUCUCUAGCAUGACAGGAAGUAGACAGAUAGCACAUUCCUUCCUGGAUCAUUCUCUAGCAUGACAGGAAGUAAACAGAUAGCACAUUCCUUCCUGGAUAAUUCUCUAGCAUGACAGGAAGUAGACAGAUAGCACAUUCCUUCCUGGAUUAUUCUCUAGCAUGACAGGAAGUAGACGGAUAGCACACUUCCUUCCUGGAUUAUUCUCUAGCAUGACAGGAAGUAGACGGAUAGCACACUUCCUUCCUGGAUCAUUUUCUAGCAUGACAGGAAGUAAACAGAUAGCACAUUCCUUCCUAGAUCAUUCUCUAGCAUGACAGGAAGUAGACAGACAGCACAUUCCUUCCUGGAUCACUUUCUACCAUGACAGAAGUAGAAAAAUGUAUGUAGACCAUUAUCUUUGUGUGUAAAUGGCAUGUGUUUGUGAAUCUUUGAUGAUGUAUAUGAAGCUCUGACAUGUUUUAGAUUUAAAUAAUUUAAUGAAUAUUAUAUAUUUUGUUGAUAUAUUUUACCCUUGAAGUCCCAUGUUUCGCUGAUAUGAACUCAUUUUUGCUUCAUCAAAGUUGCCAUCAUAGUCAUCCCAUUAUAGACCUCAGUCAUUGUCACGACAGAAUUCCAGCACACUCCCAUAUAAAUAACCAUUUCAAUUUAAGUAGUUUUAAAUCUCAUGUUUCAAAUCACAUUUAUUCCUUAACAAAUUUUAAAAUAAAUCUGUAUUGUGUACAACCUGAUAAUUACUGGUCUACAGUUCUGAAACAGUUUAAGAAUUGUUGUAUUUAUGUUCACUUCUUUAGCUCUAUCAUUACAUUAAUUCUUGCUACCAACUCAAAUUACAUAUCAACACUUUCAUCUGAAAUCAGUAUGUCUCAUUGUAAUAUACAAUACAUUUUUCAUAGUGAACAACUGAAUGGCUGUAGUAUUUCUGCUUACUUCAUGUGGAAAUAUUCAUUUUUACUGGUUAUGAAAUUGUCAAGAGCAAGCUUUCAAACAUGAAAUCCUCUUAAAGGCAUCAUUGUAGGUGGAAUUUAAUGUAGCAUAAUAGACUGAUGUGGAGUAGUAUAUGACAGCUUCCAAAUUACCUCAAAAUUUCUGAUAGAAAUGUAGUUUAUUUUGAUAUACUUGCCAGUACUCUGUCUCUGUACUUGUUCCGAAUAUUGUAAAUCAACAAACUUUAAGAUAUAAUAAAAGAUUUCUACAAUGUUCGGUAACGAAACUUUCUAUUUACUUCUCAUAUUCGUCUCUCAAUAUCUGUUUUUUAAAAAUUCAAUAAUUUUGAAAUUUGCAGUACUUAUUUCAGAUUUGCUAUUCAAAUUUAAGUAUUUUGUGUUCUUUGUUCAAAAGGCUUAGGGAAAUUCCUGUUUUAUAAUGCAAAGUUUCAAACCACAGUUGUGUCAAUGCAAAGUUCUGUAUAUUGAUGUAUAACCAGUCUUUAGUCAAAUAAGGAGUACAAUGGCUUGUAGGUCAGACUAUAUAGAACUAUGUAACAUUUAGCUGAACAUUAUUCAUUUGAACAAAAAUAUCAUGUUUUGAUGAAUAAAAUACAAAUUAAUUCAUAA